ACGUUUCAUUUGCCGAGUAUUACGCCGUAGCUGCCAUUUUGUGUGCUGUCGCAAUCUACAUGCCUCUAAUCCAUCAUCCUUAAAAAGCCUUCCUUUUAUGACGUAGUAGACCCAGUAGAUUUUGAAGGCUUCCUAAUGACACGGCUGAACAACUUGGACUCAGAACUAGCACAAGAACUUGGUGACUUUCCUGAAGAUGACUUGGACAUUGUCUUUACACCCAAAGAGUGCAGGACUUUGCAACCCUCUAUGCCAGAAGAUGGGGUUGAACUGGACUCACAUGUCAGAGACUGUGUUCAGACUUAUAUCCGGGAGUGGCUGAUCGUGAAUCGAAAGCACCAAGGGAAUUCAGACACUUGUAGCCUGAAAAACAAGGGAUCCCGAAAAGAUUUUCACAAGACACUUCAAAAACAAACAUUUGAAUCAGAAACAUUGGAUUCCAGUGAUGCAAACUUUCAGGCGGGGCCGCGGCACAUCCAUGCACUCCCCGAGGAGGCCUCGAGGACGACCCUCACCGCCUCCGACUUCGACCUGCGCAGCCUGCAGCCGGACCCCCGCCUGGAAAACCUGCUGCGGCACGUCAGCGCCGAGGAGUUCGAGAGGCAGAACGAGGAGGCGCGACGCACCAACAGGCACGCCGAGCUCCUCGCCCUCUACCCCGCCGUGGAUGAGGAAGAUGCAGUGGAGAUACGGCCGGUGCCAGAUCGCCCAAAGGAACAUCUGGGCAACAGGAUUUUGGUGAAGCUGCAGACCCUGAAGUUUGAUAUAGAGAUUGAACCUUUGUUUGCAUGCAUAGCUCUCUAUGAUAUAAAAGAAAGAAAAAAGAUUUCAGAAAAUUUUCAUUGUGACCUCAACCCUGAUUCAUUAAGAGGAUUCUUGCGUUCUCAUACACCCUCCAUUGACUUGUCUACUCAGGCAAGAUCAGCAGUAUUUUCUGUCACUUAUCCCUCGUCGGAUAUAUACCUAGUAAUAAAGAUAGAAAAAGUGCUUCAGCAAGGAGAAAUCGGAGACUGUGCAGAACCCUACAUGGUUCUUAAAGAAAGUGAGUCUGGCAAGACAAAAGAAAAGAUUGAAAAACUGAAAGCCCAAGCUGAAUCCUUUUGUCAGCGGUUGGGGAAAUACAGAAUGCCAUUUGCCUGGAUUCCCAUAAGCCUAACUAAUUUCUUCAACCUUUCAACACUUGAACGAGAAAUACCCGAGGCUGAAGGUUUAAACGGGAAAGGAUCUACUAGUGACAAGAGGACAGCACUGCUACAGGCGAGAAGACUUUCUGAGAGAAGUCUCAGCUCGGAGGACUCUCCAGCAUCAAACUUCAAAACAAUUUCGCUGACCCUCAGCACCUUCUUUAAACAGGAAGGAGACAGGCUCAGUGAUGAAGAUCUGUUCAAAUUUUUAGCUGAUUUCAAAAGAUCGUCUUCCUUGCAGAGAAGAAUUAAGACUUUACCAGGAACACUUAAACUGGAGAUUUCACCAGCUCCAGAAAGCCUUGGUUAUUGUCUGACACCAGAAUUACUACCAGUUAAGCCAUUUCCAGAAAACCGUAAUCGUCCUCACAAAGAGAUUUUGGAAUUCCCAAUUAGAGAAGUGUAUGUUCCCCAUACCAUUUAUAG